AAAAUUAACGAUUGUCAAAUGAUUUUUACCAAUUUAGGUAAUCGUACCUAUAUCGCUUUAUAUCACUGUGGAGAUCAUUAAAGCUGCACAAAUCUACUUUUUGAGUCAGGAUAUUGAACUCUACGAUGAGGAAUCAGAUCGCCCAGUCGAUUGCAGAUCAUUGAAUAUACCAGAAGAACUAGGACAGGUAACUCACAUACUAUCGGAUAAGACUGGGACACUUACUGAGAACAUAAUGGUGUUUCGAAAUUGCGCCUUUGACCGUCGAGACUACGGUUCAGAAAAACAUUUGGUUUACAACUUUAUUGAAGUCCUUUUUUUGCAGAAAGAUUUGGAUCCUACUCAGCCUGUAGCUUCAACAGCGCUUCAAGCAAGAGUAACAAAAGAAUGGCAAUCAAACGCCACCUUGAAACAUUUCUUCUUUAACAUGGUGUUGAAUAAUUCUGUUGUUGUGAACAAAACUCCACAUCAUGAUGAAUUAGAAGUCGGCUUUUUUGAACAUGGAAUCUAUAACAUUGGUAAUUCUUCAUUCUAUGAUAUCACCCAAGAUCAAUUCAAAGAAAUGGUUGCAAAGGUGAAGAACCAGCUGCCUGAACUGUCAAGGUCCCUUUUUUUUCUAUUCUUAUUGCUCACUGGAUAUCUUGGUGGAACUGUAGAGUUCAAUGUUUAUUGCCGUGAUUUCCAAUGA